AUGGCCGACUCCAAACCUGAUCCCGUGACUAAGCACGAUGAAACUCCCCAAACUAGUGGUACAUCUACUCAAGGUGACCUACGGGCACAAUUCUCGCAGGAAGUAGUCCCUAGUGCUGUGAAUAAGAAGGUUUUGCCCCAAACAUCACCACUCCUCUCGUCAACGCCACCCACCGUGGCCAAGGCGUUGAUUAAGGCAUAUCCUUACUUGCUCAUUGUCAAUAAAUGGUUGCUGAUUGCUACUUGGACCAACGACGACUACUGGAUCAACGUGGUGAUCAUGUGCGUAUACUCAUUUGCUGUUCUCUACUUCGAGAUCUUGGUGACGUGGCUGGGCCACUUGAUCAUGGCCCUGGUUGUCAUUUUGUAUGCGGUGCUCAACCUGAGAAUUGUUGAAGAAACAAACUUGCGUCCAACCUUGGACGACGUGGUACAGGCAUUGACUGCUACAUGCAUCAAGGCCGACCUCUUGUUGAGUCCAGUCACUUCGUUGGCACUCACGGCCUACGACAUCAAACGUCUCUUGUUCACAACGGUGUUCCUCACUCCCAUCUACUUGAUCUUGACCUUUUUGUUGAUCACACCCCGCAAGAUCCUCUUAUUCACAGGCUUGUACCUUCUACUGUACCACCUGACAUAUCUGCGGGUUACACGUAAGCUUGUGUGGAAGUUGAAGAUCACCCGGGUGUUUUUCUUCUACUUGACUGGACUCGACUUCUCGCAGGCAAGAAACAACUCGCUUUUUGCUGCUGCAUUUGCAAAGGUCCAGAAAUCCGGAUCGUCACCCGUGGUAGCAGGUGCAGACUUGCUGAAACCAGUCCGUUUUACUUACGUGAUCUAUGAAAACCAGCGUCGCUGGCUCGGCAUUGGCUGGACUUCCAAUUUGCUCACCUACGAGCGUGCACCAUGGACAGAUGAGUUUCUCAACGAGUCGUCUUCCAUUGACUCCUUCGAGUUGCCCAACGCAGACUCGUCAUUUUCUCAGCUGCAUCAACAGUACGUACAGCAACACCCUUCUAUCAGUGGUGCGAGAUGGAGAUGGGUCGAUAAGACGUGGAGAUUGGAUUUGACCAAUGACGGUGCCAUAACCCUUCCUAGUGGAAAACGCUCGAAGACCACUGCUAAUCCAACAUCUGACGAGGGCUACCUCUAUAGUGACAAUGUGUGGAAAAAGCCUACCACUGACGAUUCGUACUCCAAGUACACACGUAGAAGGAGAUGGAUCAGAACUGCCGAGCUUGUUUACGACUCCUCCACUCCUAAUGUGGGCGAAUCCAAGCCAUACACUCUGUCUUUGGCUGAUUCUUCGACUCAGGAAACCGUGAAGAAGAGAAAGAGCUUGAGGUUUGCCGAGGAUGAUACAACAGAAGCUCCUACUCCAGUCGAAGAAGUAGAAGCUGCUGAACCUGUUGAAACCCAGGCAACCGAUUAA